AUGGGUUCUCUCGGUUCUGAGCCAAAACUCCCUUGGAACAAGACGCCUUGUGUCUUGAGCCCUCAGCUUAGUCGUGUUGCGGGAUGCAACAUUUACCUCAAGCUGGACAACCUUCAGCCCAGCGGCUCCUUCAAGUCUCGCGGAAUCGGUAACCUCAUGACCCGUGCUGUUGCCAACAGUGCCGGCGAUGUUCACUUCUACUGCUCCUCUGGGGGCAACGCUGGUCUUGCCUGUGCUACCUCGGCCGUUGCUCUGCAACGGCCUGCCACCAUUGUCAUCCCAUUGACAACGUCGAAGAUGAUGAAGAAUAAGCUUCUCGACCUUGGUGUUGAAGUCCACCAAACUGGCAAGAAUUUGGCUGCCGCCGAUGAGUACCUCCGGACGGAACUCCUCGCCAAGGACCCCAACGGUGUCUACGUCCCACCUUUUGACCAUCCGCAUGUGUGGGAUGGCGCCUCUACCAUCAUUCCCGAACUACGAGAGGAAAUGGACGAGCCUAUUGAUGCUAUUGUCUGCAGUGUGGGUGGUGGCGGUUUGUUCAACGGUCUCAUGCAAGGCAUCGAGAGUUUCCCCUGGUGCGGAUCCAAGCCCGAAGUUGUCGGUGUUGAAACUCUCGGUGCCGACAGUAUGAAUGCCUCGAUCAAGGCCAAUGCCCACAUCACUCUCCCAGAGAUUACAUCCAUUGCCACGUCGCUGGGCUGCUCACGUAUUUCUGCUGAGACGUGGAAAUGGUGUCAAUAUCCCAACAUUCACAGUCUGGUCGUCUCAGACGCGGACGCUGCCAUCAGCUGCGUCCGGUUUGCCGACGACGCCCGUCACCUUGUUGAAGUAUCUUGUGGAGCUGCGCUCGCCACCGUAUACAAGGGAGAUCUGCGGGAGACCCUAGGACGUGGUCUUACUGAUGCUGAAUGGGCUCAGAAGAACAUUGUCAUCAUCGUGUGCGGCGGCUCCGGCGUCACAUUGGGCAUUCUCGACCAGUACGUACAAGAGUACGGAAACAAGACGACCAUCAAGGUCUAG